CGGCGCCGUUUCUUUUAUCCAUCUCUUGUCUUUCGUUCGUCUUAUGACCUCCGGCCCGGCUCUGGCCGGCGAUGGACGCCUGCAGGCUGCCCGUAGAGGUCAUCGCUUACAUCUUGAGCUUCCUGCCUAUUUCUGACAGAAAAGAGGCGUCUCUGGUUGACCGAACCUGGUAUUUUGCAGCCCAAGACUCUCUGCGACAGGAGAAUGUCCUCUACAACAUCCCAGCUACCUCUGCUUCCCUCGGUACCAUCCGGUCCUUGGCCCAAAGGCGCGUAUGCAACCUCAAGAUGGCGAACCUGGACAGCUCUACCACUUCCCGGGACGUCAUCAAAUGCAUUGCCAACUACCUGGGCCCUCAUCUGCGUAGUCUCUGCCUGAACGGCAGCUGCCUGACCGAAGCCAGCUUUGAGGAGCUCCUCCUGGCUUGCCCCAGCCUCGUGGCCCUGGACCUGAGCAGUUGCAACAGCAUCUUCAUGUCCGGCACCCUGCUCUCCAAAAAAGAGACUUUAUUGCAAGCCCAAGAAACGCUAGCCAAUUUGCGGGAACUGAACCUGUCCAGCGUGAGGUACUUGUCCGAUCUCACUUUCAACCGCCUGGCCAGCUGUUGUCCGCAGCUGGCCAAGCUGGUCCUGGCCCGCUGCCACCUUACCUUUGAGUUCGAUAGCUACAGUGGCUCCCACGACUACAACUCCUCGGCCCUGCUGUCUUUCCGCAACCUCCUGCAUUUUCUCAGCCGGCGAGCAACUUGCGUGAAAUCUCUGGAUUUGAGCGGCACCAACGUUAACAGCCAGGCGAUGAGGACCCUGGUCCAAGUGGAGAACCUGCAGCUGCAGGAAUUCAUCUUGCAGGCUUGCCGGGAUCUGACCAACGAGGCGGUGAGCAUCCUGUGUCAGCACCAGCCUCAUCUGACCACACUGGACCUCAGCGGCUGCUCUGAGCUAUCGGACCGGGCUGGGCUGGCCAUCAAUUCCCGCCUUCUAGAUCUUCGGUGCCUGCGCCUGGGGAAGCUCCCACGAAUAACCGAUGUUGGCUUCCAGGGAAUGUCACACCUGAAGCAUCUCCAGAUCUUAGACGUGUCUGAAUGCAGUCUGGUGAGCUGCAGUGAGCUCGCGAAAGCUUUUGGCGCUAACGCGAGACCUCCCAAGCUGAAAUCUUUGAACAUUGCCUUUUGUUCAUUACUAAGGGACAGCACAGUGCUCUCUCUGGCCGAAGCUCUAAGCAAGAACCUGCGGGUUUUGGAUCUGUCAUCUUGCGUGUCGCUUUCUAACCGGAGCGUCCAAGCCAUCGCUUCCAGCCUUUUACUCUUGACAGUCCUCCGCUUGGCCUGGUGUAAAGAACUGACCGAUUGGGGCUUGCUGGGGAUCGAGGAGCCCAGAGAGGAGCGUGAAAGCGCCAAAGAGAAAGAUGCUGGCCCAAAGUUCAGCAGGAACUUUGGCAACAUGGGGUUUUUCCUGCCCCCACCCCAGGCUCUGGAGCAGGAUAAAAUGAUGGUCAUUAAUCUCAACCAACAGAAGGCCCAAGAGCAGCGCCAAACCUCUCUGAACGCCUUGACCCGUCUGCAAGAGCUGGAUCUGACCGCCUGCGGGAAGCUGACGGACAUGAGCAUAGCCAAGGUUAUUAGCUUCCCAGAUCUUCGCCACCUCUCCCUCAGCCUCGUGCCCAACAUCACUGACACCAGUCUCCUCGCCGUUGCGCGCAACUGCCGGAGCUUGGAGCACCUUUCGCUGAGCCACUGCACAAACCUGACGGACAGAGGCUUUGCCGAGGCAGCUGGAUCUUUGUGCAGGUUGCAGCAUCUCGUUCUUUCUGGCUGCAACCAGCUGACGCCCAGGACCCUGAAGUCCAUCGGUCAGGAGUGCCAGCUGCUGAAGUCCUUAGAUGUCUCCAUGUGCAGCAAGAUCAGCAUGUCCGACGUGGAACGCUUCCAGUCGCAGCUGCCCCCUCAAAGCCAGACCAGCAUCCAGUCACGGUUCGUGGGUGGAGCAGACCUUUCCAUCACCCUUUGAGGAACCCUUGUGGGUUGUGAGCCUAGACACCUUGGUUAACUUUUCUCCAUCCCAGUGGGAAGGCAGCAGGCUGAAAAUGAAUUGCACUCUUACGGCCUCACAAGUCCCAUCAAGGAAGCAAAACUCGUCUUCCGUGGUAGUGAAGACAGGUCCCAAGACUAUUUUCCAGAAGUUAUUGAGUAAGGCCAGCAAUUUUGGUAUUCUACAAGCAGAAUGAGAGAUAUUUAUUUGUUGCAAGAGUUUGGAACGAGGUAAGUGCUGGGAGUGGUAUCCCAACAAGAAUGGCAGGACAAGUCUUGUUAUUCAUACCAACUUUGAUAUAGCAGACAUUGGCACUUUUUUGUCCCUUCUAAAGGUUGUGAAUUCCCUCUUACGCAGACGGAAUAAGUACAUUCUUAGUUGCCAAUCCUUAAAGGUCCCUUUGUCAAUUUUAGAGGAAACCUGGAUUUGCAUCCAGGUUUCAAAGUCUGCCCUCCUCACUGAUACCAAAGCAUCCUUCGACUUUCGGACACAGCGAGAUAUCCCACUGACUUCUCGGAAACAGGGUGAAAAAGCAACUUUUUCCAAUAGCAUCCAUCUCGUCUUUCUAAACCUGGGACUCAGUUUCUGUACCUGCGGAUGUGUGUGUCUGUGUGUGUCAGAUACAAAACUGUGACACAAAUAAAAGACUGCCAUCUUAUCCGUGCUUUGGAGUUUGGGGCAAAAGACAAAGCAGGCUAUUAAACCCAACUCUCUCAUCUUG